CUUCAGUCUGAGUUAGCUUUCUGGUGUGGCAUGAAGUGUGUAUAGUUUACGCACGUACGCGCGUUAAGUUGCUUUCCACUGGUAGUUUCGUUGACAAAUUUCCCUGCCUUUUGGCAAAACAUUUUGCUCCGUGGCGGUUCGAUUGAAGAAAAAAAAAAAUAAGUGGAGGAAACGGUGGCCGUUUUGUGCAAUCCAAAUUGUUUCGUGUCGCGGGUCCUUGAAGUGGUUCAUUACGAGCCAACAGAGUGGUGUCCGAUCUUCGCCCAAGGAUGAAGUCAAAGUGUAAAAUUCGCCUCUAAACACAAAACAUCUCGUCGGAUCGUUAGUGGACCUCGACAUCGAAUCGGUGCUGCUCAAACCGGUGGAAGUGGUGGAUAAGCAAGAAGUAGAAGCAGUGCGCUCCUGUAAAGUUUCCUUCGGUCAGGAUAGGAGGGGGAACUUCGGGGCGUUUCUCCUCUGUUGAUAUGUGUGUUUGGUGAGAAGAAGAAAAAAAAGUUAUGUGAAAGGAAAUUGUUGUGUUUCGAAAGUUAGUAUUUCCAACAGAAAUACGCAAAGUGAUAAUUCCGAUGAUUUGAAGUGCAUUUUUUUCUGUGCUGGCUUGCCGAAUGAAAACCAUGUAAAUUUGCGUGUGUUGUUUUUUAUUCAACACGGUGGAAAUUUUGCCUACAGCUACGAAGUGGAAAACUUUGAGCCGUCGACGGCAAUUAGUGGAAGAAACCCUGAAAGGCGGCCUCAUCGAAUAGUGAGCAAUUGUUUUCACUGACAGCUGUUAUUUUGGUAGAACAGGAGACAAACGCAACUUCCAAAAUGGGCUGGGGAACAGAACUAUGGGAUCAGUAUGACAACUUGGCGACACAUACUCAGAAAGGAAUUGAUUUUUUAGAACGAUAUGGAAACUUCAUUCGUGAUCGUAGUGCCAUCGAAGUCGAAUAUGCCGGAAAAUUGAGGCGGCUCGUCAAAAACUACCAACCAAAAAAGAGCAAAGAAGAUGAAGAAAACGAAUUCUCCUCGUUUCAAGCGUUCAAAAGCGUACUCAAAGAAGUGGCCGACCUGGCCGGACAGCGGGAAGUUGUCGCGGAAAACCUCCAGAUGCAGGUACUACAGGGCAUUACACUGCUUGCCAAAAAUCUUCGCGAUGAGCGCAAGAAGUCCCUCAACGAGGGCGCCGUGCUCACGCAAAACCUCAACGGCCAGAUGGGUUCACUAGAUCGGGCGAAACGGAACUACGAGAAGGCAUACCGUGAGGCAGAGAAAUCCAUCGAAAGCUACCAGAAGGCGGAUGCUGAUCUUAACCUGAGCAGGGCGGAGGUGGAGAAACAACGGAACAACAUGAACAUCCGCUGCGGCCAGGCGGAGGAUGCCAAGAAUGAGUACGCGAACCAAUUGCAGAAAACGAACAAACUACAGCAGACACACUUCGAAUUAUCGCUGCCAGAGGUUUUCAAUCGAUUACAAGAGCUGGAUGAGAAAAGAACGCGAGGACUGAAAGAGUUCAUCAAGGGUGCUGCCGAUGUGGAAUCGGCGGUGGCCCCCAUCAUCGCCAGGUGUCUUGAAGGUAUGGUGAAAGCCGCUGAUGCCAUAAACGAAAAGGAGGAUUCACUUAAAGUUAUAGAGAAAUAUCAAUCCGGCUUCCAACCUCCCGGGGACCUGCCCUUCGAAGACCUCUCGAAAGCUGAUUCCGACACCUCCAACAACUCCCAGAACUACACCUCAACCGGUGGCGGCGGUUUGAACCACUUGACAGCGAAGGGCACUACGACGCAAAAGCUGAAAAAACGAGUCGGAAUUUUCGGCAUUUUCACCAGCAAUAAGAAGAUUGUUGAAGCCUGCAUCCAAGUGAAGAACAACCUCUCAAUGGACGGUAUGAAGGAAGAUUUCAACGAUCUACCACCGACGCAAAGGCGGAAGAAGCUCGCGGCCAAAGUGCAAGAGCUGCAGCAAAAGGUCGCCCAGGAACAGGCUGCCAGUGAAGGGUUGAUGAAGAUGAAGGGCGUCUACGAGGCAAACUCGCUGCUCGGAGAUCCACGCUCCGUCGAAGAGCAGUUGAACGAGUCUGUCAACAAGCUGGACAAACUGCGGCUCGAGCUGCAGCGCUACCAGAAAUUACUCGACCAGGCAAACAGCCAGACCGUUAUACAGCACAGUCCACAGGCGAAUCGGGUGGUACAGAACGGACAACGGUCAUCCAGUUUAUUAUAUUACAGGCAUUCCAAUGGUAGCAGUAAUCACGACCACCACGAUGACCACGGCGAUGAUCAUCCAGAUCAUGACGCUGGCAGUUUAAGCAGGUCAGGAUCAGAGAGUAGUGUACAACAAGCGCAAAAUGGGCUUAAUAUUAACAGUAACGGCAGUUCGGCUAGUCCAGAGAGUGGUCUCGGAACAUCCCACACGUCUCUACCGGGCUCCGGCCAGGGCAGUACCAACGAGCAGCCAAUCAACGACGAGAUGUACUACGAAGCUGAUGCCCUACAGCCUCUGGGCACCUGUAAAGCGCUGUAUCCAUUCGAUGCGACAAGCGAAGGAAGCAUUCCAAUGUCCGAGGGAGAGGAACUACUAGUAAUAGAGUUAGAUCAAGGUGAUGGGUGGACCCGGGUGCGGAGGUUAAGCGGUCCCAACGGGUGGGAGGAAGGAUUUGUGCCGACUAGUUACAUCGAAAGUACGCUGUAUGCGUAGUGUUGAUCACAACGCACUCUCAGACCGUAGAACGAAUUCGCGCAAAGCAAAGCGCGAUGAUCGACGUUACUGAACGCCAGUUUCAACCAUUAGCAACAGACAUAUGCACACAAACGAGAUCGGGUUGAAGGAAGGGGGUGACUCUUGUAAAUAAUCAAAAUCUGCGCCUUGGAUGGGUUGGCGAUCAGAAUCAUGGAGUAACUUUAAAAUCAAUACUAUGGAAAUUGUGGUGGGGCCUAUUGACUUCGCUAGACACUCAGAAACUUCUUAUGAUUGCUUCACGGGGCCGGUUGUGCGUGCAAUUCGGCUCACUCUUCUGGGUACUGAAUGUUUCGUCUGAAAGUUUUUGCGAACCUUGUAGCCUCCGUUGUAGUGUUGAUACUAGUAUACUUUUAUAUUAGGGCAAUUUAAUUUAGUCAAGUGACACCGUCUGUUUUAUUUAGCUUAGCUAUACGUUCGUGAGCGAAAGUGAGAAUGCAGGUUAGAUAGAAUGCUCAAACAUUUUUAUUUGAUAAAAGAAAAUGAAUAACCCACUCAAAAUUUCGAGAGAAAACAAAGAAACUGCUACUGCUGAAGUAUCAUCGUAAACAUUGCCAUUAAUCGUGAAAGAAAUUGGAACACUUUUAUGAAGAUGAUAGAUACAAUCAUUGGAAAACUUUCUUUACCUUUAAAAACCUUGCAUAUUCGUAGUUUCCUAUCUAUAUUACAUGAUCAUAGGAAAAAUACAAGCGAGAAUAUAGGGAAAACGGAGCAAAAAAAACAAAAUAAAAUAAAACAAUUACUGUUGCAUCUUACAACUCACAAAGGUUUAAUACAUAAAAACAGAUCCUAUAUGCGAGUAUAUAGCAAACACAAUUUAUUCGUUAUGCACUCAAAGGGAUUUUUCCGUUCUAAAUUUCGCGCCUCAUGAUUCCAAUAAAUAUAUUUAAUUUGUUUUGUUGCAUGAAAAUCUAUCGCUCGUCAGGAAUUGGAAGAAGUUAAGCUUGCAUGCGCUCAAUUGAACACAUGAACUAAUUGCAUCAUACUGAAGGAAGUGGCACUAUCUAAUGAAUGAUAACAUGACAGAUUAUAAAACGAGCGAUGAACGAUGAACAAAAAUGAACGUACGAUGAGCCUGCGAAAGAUUACCAUGCGAACAAAACAGAGAAGACUACCACUCAUCAAACACACUCUAGUAAAUCAUCAUAUCAAACAGCCAUACAGAUUUUUUUUCUUGAAAAAUAUAAUCAUGCAUAACAAAAUCCAUAAAUCGACAAACAGGUUCUUCUGUCACAUAUAUCAAAACCAGUCAGUCAAGCAUUGUAACGAUGUAAGCAAGGAUAAAAAAAAUAAACCACUAACAAUACCGGACUAAGCUAGCUGAAAACCAUAUAAUGUAACUUCUAUUUUUCUUUAUUUCUUUUUUUUUUGUUUGUAAAUUAUACCAAUUCCUCUUCUCUCCUCUUCCCCUUAAGAAAUCGUAUUAUUUUGCUUCUCGAGAGAAGCUGAUGCCUUAUUAUCAGUUAAGCCCAUUUUACGGUUCAUCCGGUCGGCAUUUUUGCGUUUAGCUUCUUUAUGUUUCUUGUACAUAUAUUUUCUUUCAGCAGGCCAGCGGAUGGACAAACGCUUAAAUAAAUAGGUUCAUUUUUAAUGAAGAAAGUAAUAUUAUCAUUGUACCUAGAAUGACUAUCCAACAAACAUGUAUUUUUAUUGACAAACAAAAAUCAUUGGAAACAAAUACAAGACAGCCGAAAAUGAAA